UUUGCAGGAAGAAGUUCUCCUGGAGCGUUCAGAUGACGGUGUUCGCCAUGAUCCUCGGUGCCUUUGUGGCUGCCAGCGCUGACUUGGCGUUCGACCUGGAGGGGUAUAUUUUUAUCCUCAUUAACGAUGCCUUAACGGCCGCGAACGGUGCCUACGUGAAGCAGAAGCUGGAUUCUAAGGAGCUGGGAAAAUAUGGUUUGCUUUAUUACAAUGCCCUGUUCAUGAUCCUGCCCACCUUGACCAUCGCCUACUUCACCGGCGACGCGCAGAAGGAGCUUAAUGAGGAGCCCCAGCAAGAUAACGAGCCGUGA